AUUGGAUUCCAAAAAUGAUUCUCCAGUUUUGCUAUUCAAGACUAUAUGUAGGUAUUGAAACUAUUUCCUGUUGUCUGUUGCUACGGAUAGCAAGGAUGGACAUGGAUUCAAACUUGAAAAGCUGGGCCAACUUUUUCUGGUUUUAAUGGUAUGCCUGCAAAAAUCGCCAAAACAUUGUUAUGUUAAGUGCUUCCUGAACAAAUUUGUUUUACAUUUUAUAAGUCUAUUGGAGCAUUUUUAUUUUUGUGUAUGGGUAAAGGGUACCAAGUCAUGACUUUUGCACAGAAUCGACCUUGAGUAAUAUCCUCGUGACGUGGCCCCGUUAACUGUUAAUUUAAAGUUGAGGACAUGGUAUUGCCUGAUUUGUCCCACGAAUGACUACUAACUUACAGCUUUGCAUGAUUGCUGAAAUGACCAUAUAGUAAUCGCAGCCCUCUCUCUGGUUGGCAACCUAAAAACAGAGUCUUCAGUGUUACACACUGACUCUUUAUUAAAGUAGGUUUCUUUGUUUGUGAGCAAGCUGUACAAGACAGUCAAGUGCACUUCCUCUGUAAACAAUGCAUUUUUUAAACAUUUUACAUUGACAGUAGAUUUGUUAAUUUAUUGACUUUAGGCAGCGGUGUUUAUGGUGUCCUGUACUAUGCUGGUCAUGGUUUUGAUGAUGGUGGGGAAAGCUUUCUUCUUCCUGUUGAUGCAGAUCUCAAAUAUGAUCGCCAACACAGCCUGCGAGCUCAAGAGAUUCUUCAAACAAUGCAGACAUGCAACACUGAAUUGAACUUGUUGAUCAUUGACUCUUGUCGAAUCAGGUAGGGUGAAAUACUGUCCGUCAGUCUUGCAUUUGUAGGCAGUGUCCCAAAGAAAAAUGAAAAUGCUACUAUCGUUUUUGUAUUAUUUGUUUAUCAAUAAAAAGUUGUAGCCAUUGUUAAACAAAUGUUGGAUAGAGUACCAUGCCCGGGGUAUCAUGCCAUGUUGAAUGUUAAAAUAGGUUACUCACCAUGCAUCUUUGGAGACCUAGGGGCAGUCAUUUGGGGCAGGAAAACGGCUGCGAAUGUCUGUUAAGAAUGGUCGAAAGAGCUCCAGGAUGUCCAGUUCCAGGACUCAUUCAAAUGCUUGUCUCUGAUUAUUUUUUGUGCCCAAUCGGAGGCCAGGAUCUAUCGCACUGCUUUCAUGACCUUCUAAUAUGAAGGAGUUUACCUGCAAACUCGACUGUUCCUGUACCUGUCUGGCUCGUGCAUGAGAGCUUACCUCAAGAUGAGUUUUCAGUGAAAAUGGGCUCCAAAAAACCAAAGAAUUCCUUAAUUUAGCAUGUUAGCAAUACAAAACAAAACGAAAAAUGUACCAACCAAAGAAAUCAGACUGUGGACUGGUCGAAGGUAAAAUUGUAAACACCAGAGUACUUUUAAGUUUGUUCAUGCAACUAUUCAAGAGUUUCGUUCGAUCCACUUGUGUCACUGAGGAGAAAAUUUUAACAUCAAACUUACAGACACUAAAGGGCAAAGAAAUUUCGCCAGCACGUGCCUGACAAGUAUGCUGAGCAGGCGUAAACAGCCACGCACACGAUUUCGCAUGAACAAGCCUAGAGGAACUCUGGUGUUUACGAAUUCACCUUUGAUCAGUCUAGAGUCUGAUUUCUUCAAUAUUGUGACACGAAAAUGUUACCAAUUAUGGAAUUUGUAUGGCUUUUGGGGCCCAUUUUCACUGAAAACUCUUCUCGAAGAAAGAUACACUACCCAAACAGGUAUGGCAAACAGUCAAGCAAGACCAAUUUCUCUUCCAGUUUCUAAAGUAGCGAAUUCCGUUUAUGUUAACAGAUUGCCCAAUAAUGGUGGGUCUGUGCAAUAUUGCAAAAGAGGAGCUAGAGGAAACAACAUUUUUGCUUACUCUUGGUAAGUGUUAGAUCAUCAAAGUUCCAAUGGCGUGCUUUGUAGAUUAUUAUUAUUAUUAGUAGUAGUAGUAGUAGUAGUAGUAGUAGUAGUAGUAGUAGUAGUAGUAGCAGUAGCAGUAGCAGUAGCAGUAGCAGUAGCAGUAGCAGUAGCAGUAGCAGCAGCAGCAGCAGCAGUAGCAGCAGUAGCAGUAGCAGUAGCAGUAGCAGUUGCAGUUGCAGUAGCAGCAGCAGCAGUUGCAGUUGCAGCAGUAGCAGUAGCAGUUGCAGUAGCAAUAGCAGCAGCAGUAGUAGCAGUAAUAGUAGUAGUAGUAGUAGUAGUAGUAGUAGUAGUAGCAGUAGCAGUAGCAGUUGCAGUUGCAGUUGCACUAGCAGCAGCAGCAGUUGCAGCAGUAGCAGUAGCAGUUGCAGUAGCAAUAGCAGCAGCAGUAGUAGCAGUAGUAGUAGUAGUAGUAGUAGCAGUAGUCAAUUUAGAAUUGUCGGACGUUGACUUAGAUAUUGAAAAAGGACACGCAAAUAUUCAUUAAUAAGGCAUUGAGAACGCUAUUUAAUUUCCUUUUUUAGUAAUUUUCUUAGUAAGAAUGCGUUUAACCUUAAAUAGUUUUUUGAAUCGAAAUGGAUUGUUUUAAUUGAAAUGAAAUAAUUUUAAUUCGAAUAAUUUUUUUAAUUAAAUGAAUCUUUUUCUUAUCAAAAUUAAGUGUUUUUUUUUUUAAUCAAAAGGAAUUGUAAAUAGUGUUUUGACGGAAUAGUUUUUUAAGCGAGUUAAUUGUAAAUAGGAUUUUAAUAGUUAACAUUGUUAUUAUUAUUAUUAUUAUUAUUUAUUUAAAAUAUUAAUUAUUAUUAUUAUUAUUAUUAUUAUUAUUAUUAUUAUUAUUAUUUGUAUCUUUGUUGAUGUAUUUAUUUGGUUAAUUUUGGUUUAUUUUGGCGGCAGUUGUUCUCAGCAUGAAGCAUAUGAGGCGCCGGGUAAAAGAAAUGGUCUAUAUGCCUUUCAUUUGCUAAACCACCUAAGACGAAACGAGAGGAUAGAGCUUAUUCUUAUGGAUGUGGCACGUGGUAUGUAAAGAGUUGCUUAGUUAAACCAUAGUUAGAAGAGGAAAUUGGUUAGAAAACCCGGCAAACAUCAAAGUUGAAAACAAUGGUGCUGUAGGUUAAGUUGGGAGCUCCCUGACCGUGCACAAUCCUUUGUUUUCUGUUCACAAAUUAUGAAAAAUGAGUUAACAGUAACUGCGGUCGUUUCGUCCCGACUUAUCUGACUACACAGCAAACUGCGCACCGAACGACGAAUAAAUUCCGGGCGAGAAGAUCGGAAUUACAAAGUGAUUUUAGCAAGAGGUGAUUGGGUGAAAAUUCCACAAAAAAAAACAGCCCCACUCCCUGGUGUUAGGAAUAUUUGUGGAAUGUGGCUGGUAAUGACGUUCAGUGUUAUCAGCCUCAGUUACUGUAACGAAAAUUUGCAUGGCGAUUGUCGCACUCUUUAACUUGGAACAUUCUGAGGACAAAAAAGAUAAGUUAAAUUUUCAUUUUGACGGAAAGGAGACCACCGGGAUUUAGCUUUGUCAAAUGCUUUUUUGUUUUUGCUAAAAAAAAAAAAGAGAAUUAGUGGAUAGUUUUAGGUAUUAUUAUAGCUGCUAUGAGUUCAUGCAUGUAGCUGUGUAUAUUUUCACAGAUGUUACCAGGGAAAGCACUCGAAGCCUUAUUCAGCGACCCUGCCAUGAAUCUGAUGCAGUGGCUGAUUGCCGCUUAACAGAUCCCAUUAUCCCUACAGUGCGUCCAAGAGAAUUUGAAGAAAGGAUUCAGCUCUGGAACCAAGCUCACUGUGAGUGUACCGUAUUAACUCGAGUAAAUAAGCGGCACGGCCCGAUAUAAUCAAAAUCGGAAGACGAUAAUUCUGUUAGUUUAAUACGGAAAAUAAUACUUCUGUAUUUCAAACAAUUCUUUGUCUCGUCCAACUUUUAAAUAGGCGCCGCUUGUUCGAGUGGAUACGGUAUUGACUGUUUUCUUUCUGCAGUCAUCAAAUUUCUGCCCGUGCCACAGUUACAAUUUCACUCUCAGAGUAAUUCGCAAAGACAAGAUGCAGUUCUUUAAUUUGAAUCCUAUGGUGUGCCUAGUCUAACCUCAGCAGUACUUCCACGCGGUAGUGUUUAUUUAUACGGCAUAAACUGGUCCUAGUUUUUUAGUUUCUUGGCAAAAUCAAGCCGUGUGAACUAAGAGGACGAAAAUUGGUGCUUUGGUUAGUCAGUACCUUGCAGUUUUAAAAUGUGAAAUUUUUCUGUGAAAGUUUGCCUGAACACCUUUCAGACAAACGGCAAAUGAGCAGAGAAGGUCAUUUUUCCUACUGAUUAUUACGCGUGUCGUUUGUUGCCCGAUUUGAAGGUGAAGAGGAGUGUUUUCGUGCUCAUAAAUUGCGUGAGUGCGAACUUUUCUUUUUAACCGUUUCCUGAAACAGUAGCAAUCGUAUGGCCAUCCCUGCCGUUUACCGUCAGCGUGGUACUUAACUUUGUAGAGUCUUGCCGCCAGCCUGUGAGAGAAUGUGACUUAACUUACUCACAGACAACUUACAGUAAGUUAAGGUGCGUAAAAACGGGCAAUAAAAAAACGUGCAACUUGUCUUGCAACAUUGAUGCAGAACAAGUUGAAUAGCGAUAUUACGCGUUUUACAACCUAAAUCAAACCUGUCUUGCAACAAAUCAGGUUGUUAACAGGUUUAAACGUGGGUGGUAAAACGCUCAACAUCGCUAUUCAACUUGUUCUGCAGCACUGGGUGUUGCAAGACAAAUUGCGCGUUUUUUUGUUGCCCGUUUUUACGCAUCUUUACUGUUUGUAAGUUGUUAACUGUUAAGUUGUUAGGCAACUGAAUAAAACUCAGCUAGGAUGAUGAGUUACAGAGAGCAAUUUAUUUUUAUUUUACAGUUCUUCCAGGAGAUAUAAGACCUAUAGAGAGAGACGGUAUAACCAUCACUUUUAAUUAUCGACCAGUAUUUUCCAAUGUCCUGGACAUAGCAAUAACGGCUCGCAACUCCAACCCUGUGACACUUCACCAAGUUGUAAUGGGACUAGAUGUACCUACGGUAAGUUUACAGUCUUUUCUCCAUAUAUUGAAAUGCCAUAUUUACAAUAACUGAAAGAUUUUUCGCGCGCUGAUUGGUCGAUAAGAGCAUAGACCAUGGUAAUCACGUGAUGGUGGCGCAACUUGUUUUUCUCUUUCUCUCGAGCGCGAUUAUCCGAGAAACUUCAACAGAAAUGGAGGUCAAAACUGUCAAUGUUAUUGUAAAAAACAAAUCGACAACAAUUUUCCAUGGUCUAUAGAGUAUGAUAAUAAUAAUAAUAGUUUAUUGAUAUCCCUCUCGCAGCCUAAAGGCUGAAUUAGAAGGAAGGUCAGUGACAAUAACAGAAGACAAUACGAUACAAAAACAAUCAAAUAGAUAAUUAUGUAAAUAUGAUUAAAAGCACUACAUAACAGAGAAAAAAUAACAGAGCACUGGAUUACAACUGGUCUUGAAACUUAAUGGUGCAGAAAUCUGCGAACCGCUUUGUCUUGGGGACAAGGCGCACCGGAACACGUUCGCCUGAACGGAAGCAGUAUAGCCUGUCAAUUGACACACAAGGAAUUAAUGGCUUGAGUACCGGAGACGACAGGCAGUCACGCUUGAUAAAAUUUAUGCAAGCUUCCUCCCUUCUCUGGGAAAGGGCAGUGAUGCCAGAUUGAAUUAGGGCGUCGUCAUAGUGACAAUUCGGCAAAACGAUGCGUAGGACCCUUUUUUGUACAUGACGUCACGGCGGCCAUAUUGGUGUCCCAAAUAAUGAAAUGGCGGCCAUGUUGGUGUCCCAAACCAAUCAUGUGGGAUUUGAACUCUUUUCGUACGCAAACGCUUUCUCUUGUUCCAAUAAAUUUGCAUAGAUGCUGGCCUCGUGAGUGAAAACGCUCUAUACUCUUAUCAACAAUGGAAAUGACGUCAAAAUGUUCGCUUGCGGCUCGUGGUUACACUUUGAGUUCUGAACAUUUUGACGUCAUUUUUGUGAUCGAUAAGGGUACAGACCAUGGAGAACUGUUGUCGAUUUGUUGAAUAUGCUGUAAAAGGUAAACGACGCCCGGCCCACACUAGCGACGCAAGCAUGACACAAGCAUAAGCAAGGGCGUGACAAGACUUGCUACAAGUCGACCUCUCAGAAGUUUCUAAAAUCGAGAGAAGUGAGCUUCAAUGAAGUCGCGCAGCCAUCGAGCGUGCUACGUCGACUUGUUUCGCCUGAAAUGUGAAUGGACUUGAAUCAUAUUACAAAUUCACUUGAGAAAAAAUGAUUGACAUAUGCUAUGUCGGGAGUGGCGUCUAAUAUCACUCACUCUCCUAUUGGUCAAUUGUCAUGACGUCACCGGUGGAAUUUUUCACCGGUUAAUUUCGCGCCAAACAGGUGUGAAACUGGCAUAAACUGGCAUAAACUGGAAAAAGUAAAGGACUUUUAGAAAGUCUACAAUUUUCCCCGAACUAAGGAAAACUGUGUCAUUUCGCUAACUCCCAGCAGCAGUUGUUGCUAACAGGAAUUGACUUCACAUAUUCUGUUUCUUGACAAUAUAUAUUUAACUCUCUUUGAAGCCGGUUAUGACUCACCUUCGACAUGUGACUGGUGAAGUCCUUGAUCCCUAUAUGGGGACGAUAACGCAAGUUGUGCAGCUGUACAGACUACAAAAGUUAGAGGUAGAAUUUUUGUUGUUCUUCUUCUUUAAACAUAGCCUGCGUAGCGGACGCCGGUUUUUUGACGUUCUGUGCUCCCUCAUAGAACGUAGAAAACGAAAAACUAAGCCUUAGUUAGGCUGUAGGCGCCUCCUCUUCCCUUCGAGCGUUCCCCUCGCGAGGUCCAUAAAACACGGGCGCCUGCUACGCAAGGCUAUUUAAACCAUGAAGUUUCAUGUGUAAACAUCAGCAUAAUAUUAAACAAUUAUUCCUCGAGCCCGAAUGGGCUCUGAGUCAAUAGCUCAUGAGGCCGAAGACCGAAUGGGCUAUCGACUCAGAGGCUAUGAGGGCGAGAGGAAUAAUUGUUUUUGUAAAAUACAAUUAGUUGGUCAAAAAUAUCGAGAAUAAAAAACUUUUAGCUAGUUAAAGCUAGACUUUAGUCCUUUUUUUGUCACCAAAAAGCCCGCGCAUUUCGCUACUAGUGGGCUAUAACAUAUAGCCUAGUAGUAGCUCAACCAAUCAGAACGCAGCAUUGAUAAUAGACCACUAGUUGGAUUUUACUAAACAAUAAUACCAAUCAGUUUUAUUUUAUUUUAGUUCAAUUCCCUCCUUAGUUUUUCCUGGAGGGAAACAAAACAUUUGAUGGAAAAACAAAACGAAACAAACCAAAACAUAAGGCGGAAGGAAUUAAUGUGAUAGGUUGAAGAUGAAAAAAAAAAAUGAAGUGAAUGUUAGGGACACCGCAAUAGCAGGGAGUUAUUUCGAGUUAUUUUGUAUGCUGCUCACCAUGUUUGACAUACAGCUAAAUCACAAAUGUAGCCUCUGCUCUUAUUCAACCCAUUCUGGCUGGUUUAAUCUUUACUCGUUUCGUUUUGAGAUGGAGACACCGGUUGUUUACCAUUUACAUGGGAAAACCGGUGUGUUCGGUUCACGGUUUGGGCAAAUGAUAAGCAAAAUUCAAGACUGGUGAAUUUCGUCCCGGAAUCGCCUUUACCAUGUGCACUAAUCAGUUACAUUACCGAAAACGGCCGCGAAAGGCUGAAACUGGUAUCAAAGAUGGCUUUGAAGAAAUGGAACACGAAAUCAGACUUUCCGUUUCUCCCGGAAAUUUUCUACCGAAACGACCCGAAAAGUCGCGUCCCAUUUACUUUCUAUUCCGGCUUUUUAUUUCCCAAAAACUUUUUGUAAAUGAUAAACAACCACCGCGGACUAUUUUAAAGCUCCACCCCUCUACCUUGUUUUUAGCAUCGCCCACGACGAGUGUAGUGGAAACGUCAAUUUUAAAAUGGAUUCGUGUUUUUCAAACUUUGUCGCGUUUAUUCCAAUUUGCUGAAAUUGUCAAAUGUAGGCGAAUUUCCUAGGAGUUGAUUUCUUGGGCACCGCACUGAAGUUUAGAAAAGAAAGAAAAUUCGUCGUCGCUUUUAACAUCCUCCAUAAAACGUCAAGUUAGGUAGUGUCACGUCGUAGUCGUGUAGUGACGGCGAAGAAAUGUACAAAAAAAAGCGUGAUACACGUGCAAAGUUGUUGUUUUGCCUAACAAACUUAUUGCUUUUUGACAUCCUCGUUGCUAAAGCUCCCCAGUAAGAAGUUUUCUGACACUUUGUUUUACCACUUAGGAUCCCUUGGUGGCCAAGUUCAAAAUAUACUACGACAACGGUAACGAGACAAGAGAUUUUGAGGAAACAGUUUGUCUCGGGUGUCCUCUGAUAUCGUCCGUUUUUGCUCGGUGGGAUUGGUGGAUAACAUGCGGACAGAUACCUCAAGGAAAAUGUACCCAGGUUUAA